GGGUAUCUCGGAUUCCACAAACCCAACUAUAUAAAGCACACGGAACUGGGAAUAAAACUCAAACCCAAAUACUAACACUCUCCAAUUGCAUCUCCAAUUUUGAACUCCGUAUUACUAACUUCAUAUUUUGGUAUUCUAACUCUUCUUUAAUUAGGAAAAUGCCAGACGUUCAAGCCCUUGUUAAUGAAUUUGUGAAUCUGCUCAAGAAGCGUAAAAUUGAAGGGUCUCAGGCCACAGCGAAGCAGACAGCAGAGUUGCUCCGGUCAGUGAUUUCGCAUCAGCGGGUGCCACACACAAACCAGGCCACAUCUCUGAUUAAUUCAGUAAGGGCUGUGGGGGAGAAGAUUAUUGAUGCUAAUCCUAUUGAGUUAUCUGUGGGAAAUAUCGUAAGGCGGGUUCUUCACAUUAUAAGGGAGGAGGAUCUUUCCCUUGUUACAGAUGCUUUGGCUGGUUCUGGAAGUGAUGAUGAAGAUGAUGUCGAGCGAGAUGAUCAUCCUGCGUUAUCUGCUGCUGCUGUUGCAGCUGCUGCAAGAAGCACCUUGCGUCCACCCUCAUUACAAACUCUUCUAGAGGAUGUGACCGAUUCAGCUGCCGUUCCACCAACUCCUUCCUCGACGGGUGACUCUGAUGGGAAAAGUAGAUCUAUUGAAAAGGGUACAAGAGGUCGGAAGUUGAAGCAUGAUGUCAUUGAAGCAGUCAAUGAACUUAUUCAAGACAUAACCUCUUGCCAUGAACAAAUAGCAGAACAAGCAGUAGAGCAUAUUCAUCAAAAUGAGGUAAUAUUGACGCUAGGCAGUUCUAAAACAGUGUUCGAAUUUCUUUGUGCUGCAAAGGAGAAAAAGAGAUCAUUUAAGGUUUUUGUUGCUGAAGGUGCCCCGAGGUAUCGGGGACAUCUCCUUGCGAAAGAAUUGGCUGCUAGAGGCUUACAGACCACAGUAAUUGCUGAUUCUGCAAGUUUUGCUAUGAUUUCCAGAGUGAAUAUGGUUAUAGUUGGUGCUCAUGCCGUCAUGUCUAAUGGUGGAGUAAUUGUCCCAAUUGGGUUGCAUAUGGUUGCACUUGCAGCUCGUAGGCAUGCUGUUCCUUUUGUUGUACUUGCUGGAAGUCAUAAGUUGUGCCCUCUGUAUCCUCACAAUCCUCAUCUCCUAUUGAAUGAAUUGAGAUCCCCAUCCGAGCUACUAGACUUUGGAGAAUUCUCAGAUUUGAUGGAUUCUGCAACUGCUGUUGGUUCUCUUCAUGUUGUUAAUCCAGCAUUUGAUUAUGUGCCACCAGACCUUGUUAGUCUCUUCAUUACUGGCACUGGAGGGCAUAACCCAUCAUAUAUGUACCGGCUAAUAGCUGAUUAUUACUCUGCCGCUGAUUUGGUGUUGAAACAGAGACCUAUUACAGGGAAUUGAGUUCAGCUACCCCAAUGUUUGGUCUAUAACGGUUGUUUGAGAUGUUCUCUGAGAAUGGCGGGAUAGUGAUAUAUGUACAAGAAAAUAAGUCUUGUAUGAGAAAUUUUAACAGGGGAAAAUAUAUAGGAAGAUUCUAACGGGUAUUUGUUUACUAUUACUAUAGCCAUUUCAAUUUUUUGUCUGGUCAUGGGCAAUCACUUAGGCUUACUAGUAUUUGUUUACUAAUUAAUAAAUUAUAACAGCUUCUUAGACAUUGUAUACAAAUUGUUUGAGAAAGUUGAUGAGUUGGGACUCUAA